AUGAAUAUUAAUGAUGAAUCAACUACUGGAGAGAAUAUUAAUUGUGUUCAAUCAGCACUUUGUUCCGAUGGAAUAACUUUGGAUUCAAAUGAAAACUUAGGACAAAAACAACAUCAACCACAUAGUCGACAUGAAUCUCCAAUUAUACAUACACAUACUAGCUAUUUAUCUUCUUCAAUAACACCAUCAUCAUCAUCUACCUUGUGUUGUAAAUCAUCUCCUAUCAAAGUUCAACAAUCUCAAGUACCACUUUGUGUAACUGUUCAAUCUCCUUCUCGUACAAAACAAGUAUAUUCUUCAUUUACUUAUGAUGUAUACAAUGACACAACACACUGA